CGCAGAAUCGCACCCCGUGACUCUAACAAAGUGCGACGGAAAAUGGCGACCAAGCGAAAUGUUCUGCUCACUCUCACCGCUUAUGCCGGGGAUUCCGACUCGGAAACUGAUACAGAGACUGGCACGAAAGGAGGGCUGGUGUCUGCUGGAUAUGGCGAUGAUGAUAUCAGCAGAAUGGAGGAGGCAGAUGAGCUUGAGGAAGAGGACGAGAGCAGCAGUCCACUGGAAGGUGAAGAUUCAGAAACAGAGCUGCUGGAGGCAGAUGGUUUAAAGGACAUCCUCGAUGUGGAGAAGAAGAAUCCUCAGGAACUGGUUGCUUCGUUUUCAGAAAAAGUGAGGAACAUGUCGCCUGAUGACAUCAAAAUGCCUCCCGAGCCCAUGGGGAGAUGCUCUAAUCAGUUACAGGAGAAAAUUCAGAAGCUGUACGACAGAAAGCUGAAUGAAGGCCUUGACAUGAACAACAUCAUUCAGAGAAAAAAGGAGUUCCGCAACCCCAGCAUUUAUGAAAAAUUGAUUCAGUUCUGUGGUAUUGAUGAACUCGGUACAAACUACCCAAAGGACAUGUUUGAUCCCCAUGGAUGGUCAGAGGACUCGUACUAUGAGGCAUUAGCCAAGGCCCAGAAAAUAGAAAUGGACAAAAUAGAGAAAGCCAAGAAGGAACGAACAAAGAUUGAAUUUGUGACCCGAACAAAAACAGGAACCAACACCAGCUCUGGCACAGCAACCACAACCACAGCAAGCACGACCGUGGCAGAUUCCCAGAAAAGGAAGAGUAAAUGGGACUCCGCAGUGCCUGUGACGACAAUAGCUCAGCCGACAAUCAUUACCACCACCGCUACGCUACCAGGAGUCGUCACGGUAACCACCAGUGCCACCGGGGCAAAAACCACAGUCAUUUCCGCUGUGGGGACCAUUGUGAAGAAAGCCAAGCAAUGAGCUCAGGUCGAGAGUACUGUCUCUGGGUGGCUGCUGAGGAUAAGCCCUCAUGGGCCAAGUUUACAUUCUAGAACUUUCUUUUUCCUACUUACUGCUACUGAUUCUCAUCUCUACAGCUGGCUCACAAACAGGUUGGAAGAAUCCUUUACUGCCCAAUUUAGGGUUCUUCAUGACCCUUAAACGGUCAACCUAAAAAAAAUUACGCAUCCUUGAUGAGUGGGAAACAGUGGCUGCAAUUUCAAUGCUGAAAGGAUCUAAACUGUAUAUAUAGUGACCUGUAACUUACCCUGUAAAUUGGCUAGCUGGAGGAGAUUGAGGGGUGGAAUGGGUUGGGUGGGCAAGAGGGUGGAGAUAGGGAAGGGGGAAGGUGAGGCAACAGGGCAGCUGGUGAUCACAGGUCUGGAAAUCAAGCCUACAUGUUUGGAUAUUGAUGGUGCUUUCUGUCUGUCUGAUGCUGUAACCUGUUGCACUUGUGCUAUAAAAUGUGAUCGAAUGAACACACGCUGCACACUGAUGUAUGAUUAUAAUGAAGCAUUGUAAACUGCUGGCAGUGUAGAAGCACAAAUAAAAGAUUUUUACUUUCA